AUGUUUAAGAAAUUUAUUCCAUCCACUGAUGUCUCGGGUCAGACCAAUCUGAAAUCGUCCGUCCAACGGUCGAUACGAGCGAACCUCCUAUCACAAUGGAAGGCCGAAACAGAAUUGCUGGAACAGAUAUGGCCGAAGAAAGAGUCCCUGGCUCUCGUCAAAUGCAGAGACCAUAUCUCCGUCUACACGCUGCACGGCGAGCCCCUAUUUUUCCAGCACUACGAUGGGCCGCUCUAUCCCACCCUACGCUUGCUGCACAAAUAUCCGUUCCUGCUGCCCGUCGUGCGCAUUGACCGAGGGGCUAUCCGCUUCCUCCUUGCCGGUGCAAACAUGAUGUGCCCGGGAAUGACGUCCGCAGGAGGAUACCUACCUCCGUCAGACGCCAGCCUGCCUAUAGGCACACCCGUCGCUAUUCAGGCGGAAGGGAAAGAGCACGCUGUGGGUAUAGGCAUCACCAAGAUGAGCACCGAGGACAUGAAGUUGUUGAACAAAGGAAUUGGGGUCGAGACCGUGACAUAUAUAGGCGACGACUUCUGGGCGUUGCAGACAUUGUGA